AUUCAUCGUCUGCAGUCAGCUGAGACAAGUUGAGCGAAAGUCUUCUUGCAUCUCUGAUUGUCCAACCGGCUGAGCCGAGCCACUGUCAUAAGAACCCGUCGUAAAAGGAAUUUCAACCUUCUCCGUUCUCUCUCGGUUUCUUUCAGUUUUAGACAUCUCUCUCUCUCUCUCUCUCUCUCCUGGUUGUCUAGUGCGACGAAAUGGAGAGGCGAACUCUGUACGUAUGGGGGGUUGCGAUUGUGUGUUUCGUAGUUCUGAUGAUCGUAACUCCAGCAAUUCCCCAAAAUGAAGAAUAUCACGAUUUCGCCGAUCAACGCGAUUUCUUCGGGAUACCAAAUACAUUGAAUGUGGUUUCAAAUUUCCCCUUUCUUGUUGUUGGUAUUGUUGGGCUUAUACUUUGCUAUCAUCGAAACUAUUUUCAUUUCAGCACACAAGGGGAAUUGUGGGGUUGGACAAUUUUUUUCAUUGGUGUAACAGCAGUUGCAUUUGGUUCUGCCUACUAUCAUCUCAAGCCAAAUGAUGCUCGGCUUGUAUGGGAUCGCUUGCCAAUGACCGUUGCAUUCACAUCAAUUAUAUCAAUCUUUAUCAUUGAAAGGAUCGAUGACAAGAAGGGAACAUUGUCUAUCAUUCCCCUUGUUCUGACGGGUAUAAUAAGCAUUUUCUAUUGGAGGUAUUUUGACGAUCUCCGUCCAUAUGCACUUGUCCAGUUUGUUCCCUGCAUUGUCAUUCCUAUAAUGGCUAUCUUAUUGCCUCCAAUGUAUACGCAUUCAGCUUAUUGGCUUUGGGCUGCAGCAUUUUAUCUCUUGGCUAAAAUAGAAGAAGCAGAAGACAAACCGAUCUAUAAAUGGACUUCUCAUGUUGUCAGUGGGCAUACUCUUAAGCAUUUAUUUGCUGCUAUGGUUCCUCUUUUCUUGACACUCAUGCUUGCCAAGAGGAGAAUUGCUCCUGAGAGGCAAAGUUUGCUCGAGACAUGGAAGAUUUCCUGGAAAAAGGUCAGACAAAAUGGGUUCAAGAUGGAAAAUUUUACUUACAGCUACUCGAAUGUUUCAACAGAAGAGUCACGUAGUCGAACGGCAUUACCUUUUCGGAUUCCCAGCUCGGAGAGGCAGGUGGCAACCGAAUGGACGGCUCGCCAGACUUCCGAGAAGGUAAGAUGGCGUCAGUGGGAUGCGUAGAAGAUGGAAUUCGUUAGAGGGGAAUUUCAGGCAACAUCGAGGAAUUCGUUGGUGGGGACUGGGGAGAGGUAAAGGUUUCCGCUUGCUAUAGAGUAUGGAAUUCCAUUUGCUGAUCCCGCUUGCAUGCAGUCGUGUGCCAUUUUUGGGGAAUUUUAGGCUUCCUACUAGGUUACUACGACUAUUGAUCCCCUGCAUCCUCAAUAUGUCCACCACCGUCGUCAUGCAAAUGUCGUUGUCCUCUUGUCGAUGUUCAUUGCUAAAUGCUAACGAAUUGUUCAACGUCUUCAACAACCUUAACUUGAGAGCAUCAGGAACCACCCCAAGUGGCGUGUUGUUGAAUA